GCAAUUCAACUUUGGAAACUUUAGAAAGUAAAAAAUGGGAGGGUAAUUUGAAUCCAAGGGGCAUCAUUCUCCUAUUUGUAAUCUGGGUCGAUUACCCAUGGCUUAAAAACUCAGUAGGAAAUUCGGAAGUUCUGCUUGUCUGAUUUAAAGGGUUUGAUUUCCGUAUCUUGAUGAAUUCAAGCAUUACUGUGGCAUCUGUGGUUUCCUCUAAAGUGGGAAACAAGACUGACUUCUUUUUCUGGGUUCUCGCUUGCUUGCUAUCGAAAGGCUUUAAGACCCAUACUCUCCACGUGGACCUGUAUUUGAUUACGGGAAUUGAAAGGAUAUCAUUGGUUGUUCUAACUUUUGAACCAUUUAGAAAGACUAAGGUGUAGUGCUUCUUGGUAUCUGGCCAUCUGCAUCCUUGAUCAGUAUUGUUAUUUGCAAGCAUGGUUUCUUCUCAGCUCCCUUCUGUGGCAAAAUCUUACAUGCCAAAAUCCUUCAGGAAUGAUUUCCUUCCACCCCUUAGUUCUCCUGAUGUUCCCGCAGAGCAGGUUGAGUUGGACUUUUCUGAUGUUUUCGGUCCUCUUCCAGUUCAAGCUUUAAAUGAACCUAGUAAUGGGAUAUCUGAAGGUACUACGCCACCAGCUAACAUGAGCGAGCUUGUGUAUGAUGAUCCUGAGGUUAUCUGCAAUCGAUCACAUUCCUUGGUUGGUCCUUCGUCAUUUGUAAGUCAAUCUUUGAAGCUUGGCAGGCUCACCCUUCAUGAAACAGAAGAUUCGGUUGAACUGAUAGAGAGUUUAAUUGGCGAAACAAUUAAAGAAGAUCAGGAACUCAAUGAUUCAAUUGCUCAGGAGCCUGAUAACAUUCUCAUGACAGAUCGGACAAUUGGCCUUGAAGAUUUUGAAGUCAUGAAAGUUGUCGGGCAGGGUGCUUUUGGAAAAGUCUUUCAAGUGAAAAAGAAGGGAACAUCAGAAGUUUAUGCAAUGAAGGUCAUGAGGAAGGACAAGAUUAUGGAGAAGAACCAUGCUGAAUAUAUGAAAGCAGAGAGGGAUAUCUUGACAAAGAUGGAUCACCCCUUUGUUGUCCAGCUUAGAUAUUCGUUUCAGACAAAAUAUAGACUUUACCUUGUGCUGGACUUCAUUAAUGGUGGACACCUAUUCUUUCAGCUUUACCGUCAAGGCCUUUUCAGAGAGGAUCUUGCGCGUAUAUAUACAGCAGAAAUUGUAUCAGCAGUGUCUCACCUUCAUGGAAAUGGCAUAAUGCACAGGGAUCUCAAACCAGAAAACAUCCUACUGGAUGAAGAUGGCCAUGCCAUGCUAACGGACUUUGGACUAGCAAAGGAAUUUGAGAAGGAUACGAGGUCAAACUCCAUGUGUGGAACAGUAGAGUAUAUGGCACCUGAAAUCAUUCUUGGGAAAGGCCAUGAUAAGGCUGCAGAUUGGUGGAGCGUAGGAAUUCUGUUGUUUGAGAUGCUUACUGGAAAGCCUCCUUUUAUUGGCAACAGAGAGAAAGUUCAGCAGAAAAUAAUUAAGGAGAAACUCAAGCUGCCAUCGUUUUUGACUAGCGAGGCACAUUCUCUACUGAAAGGGCUAUUGUCAAAGGACCCCAGUAAACGCCUGGGCAGUGGGCCGAAGGGAGGCGACGAAAUAAAGGGGCAUAAAUGGUUCAGGCCGAUCAACUGGAGGAGAUUGGAGGCCCGGGAAGUACAGCCUAGUUUUCGUCCCGAAGUUGCUGGGAAGCACUGCAUCGCCAACUUUGACAAGUGCUGGACCGAUAUGCCUCUGCAGGACUCUCCGGUUUCCAGCCCUAAUGGCGAUCACUUUCAGGGAUUCACCUACGUGAGACCCGCGGCCUCCUUCCUUCAAAGGAGUAGCCCUUUCUGCUAA